CUUCCCUAUAUCUUUCUAAGCCGCGCAUUCGUGGAUAAACUAUGACUGAUCCGAUUAACAAUAAUGAACAAAGGACAUACACCGAAGACGAAGUUAUCGAAUUACUUAGACGAGUCAAAACUGCCGAGCAAGCAGAGACUCAAAAAGCCAGAGAAGAACGACAACUACCAUUGGGGAUCACUUCCUCUUUGGACAACCUUACGAAGCAACAACACCAAGAUAAUUUCAAACGCUACAAACGAGAAAUUACUAAAUACCGCCACGACGAGUGGACUGUGGCCGAAUAGAUCAACAAAUCCUUCAUACCAAAACUUAAACAAUACACUGUUGACACAACUCAAGUCGUUAACGCUCACUACAAAGGAGCGAAGAACAGCAGGUUACACGGAAGAGCAGCAACCGAAAUUUAUGAACAGCUCCCCAUCAUCCAAGCAGGAGAAAUCUCAGCAGAAGAAGCUCAUCAACUUUUGGACGAAGCCAUUGAAAGCGCCAAAAGACUUGCAGUUCACGCCUGGAUCCAAGGUGUACAGCAUGAUGAAGAUGCUAAAGACUACGCCAUUAGAGCGCUUAAAUUACCCCCAAAUCUUAAACACUUGGAAACAAAAGAAUCAGGCAACAAACGAGAAGCAUUUAGUGAAGAUUUUAUCACCAUGGAGUGGGUGUGUGGUAAGGAGAGACACCCACAGCUGGAUGACCGAUGACCCACUCGCCUGUCCUUACCUUGGUCUUUUAAAAGCCUCCUACCUCCAUGGCCAUACCCCUCCGACUUGGACAGCCUUGUCUUCCUUGGAUAUCUUUCUCAUCAUUCGCGGUAUAGCCCAGUGGAUGUGCAAACUUGGAAGGGUGGUGGAGGGCCUCCCAUGUACAACGAAGCCAACUACCAGCAACGAGUACUUAGAGCAGCCACCACCAACAUGUCAAACGGAAGAGGUCGAGGAGGAUAUUCAACUUCCUCACAUUGGAACAACAAUAGAGGAGGACGUGGAUACUUUGGACGUGGUGGAGCAAAAAACUGCUUUGGAAGGCGGGGACGUGGGAACCCAACCUUCCACCACAACAACAACUUCUCCAACAAUUUUCACAGUACAACACCAACAGACCUUUCAACACCAAGAAAUUCCAGUCACCAGUAACACCAAACUCAUUCCAGGUAACACAGGAUCAUAUAUCGUCUCCAGCACAACAAUCAACACCACAAUCAGCACCACUACUCCAACAACAAAUAACGACACCAACAUUGAACUAUACUAUUCCAUCAGACGGAAUUCGUCCGGGCGACCGACUUCGACAAUUUUUGAAUUGUUGGAAGACAAUAACAAAUCAUCCUUGGCCUAUAUCGGUGAUCCAGCAUGGUUACAAAAUCCAAUUUACAAAAACGCCAAUCUCAUGGAAGAACCAGAGACAACAAACAACAACGGAAGAUCAAUUUCACAUCAACGAAGCAAUUCAGAAAUUUCUGAAUGGAGGAACAGACCAAGAGAAGACCGAUUUUGGAUUGUCAAAAGUUAA